CUGUUAGUCGGAGCGCUGUAAGCACAAGGAGCAAGAAAGCAAAGCGAGUUCUUCUCGAGAUCCAGAGCUCGCUCGCUCAGAGUCAGAGGUAGCGUUUCGAAAGCAAAUCUUCAAAUUAUCAGAAACUCAGAGCUGCGCGUCGCCAGAAAGUUUGAAUCUUGUGAAGCCGAUGAGGCUUUUGCAGUUGGCGUUCGUGGUUUCUGUUCUGUUCGGAUUGGUCGCCAUUCUCAUCUACAUCAUCGGCGUCUCCGAUCUCUAUGAGACGCAUCGACUUACGGAAGAAGAUGAGGAGGCGCUGCAUUCUUUGCGCACCGGUUUCCAGAAGUGUGUGGCUGCAAAUGGAUUAGGUUUGAAAGCCGCGCUUGGCAAAGAUUACUGUCAAGUCACAAUGCAGUUUCCUGCUGACACCAUUCCUAAAUGGAAGGAUACCAAAACCGGUGAGCUUGAAGGAUUAUCAUAUGAGUUUAAUCUUUGUGAGGCUGUGGCUACAUGGGAACAGGUGCGGAAUAGUACCACAAUACUGACCAGGGAGUUCAUUGAUUCUUUACCAAAUGGAUGGGAGGAUUAUGCGUGGCGUAGGAUUAAUAAAGGAGAUCGCCUCAACCGCUGUAAGAAUAAAACAUUAUGCGUGGAAAAACUUUCACUGGUACUCCCUGAAACACCACCAUAUGUUCCACGGAUGUUUCGCCGAUGUGCUGUGAUUGGAAACUCAGGAGAUCUUUUGAAAACAAGGUUUGGGAAGGAGAUUGAUGGUUAUGAUGCAGUUAUUAGAGAAAAUGGUGCACCAAUUCAGAACUACACUGAUUAUGUGGGGAAGAAAUGCACAUUUCGGCUUCUUAAUAGGGGAUCUGCUAAAGCUCUUGAUAAAGUCGUGGAGUUAGAUGAGUCAAGAAAGGAAGUAUUGAUCAUCAAAACAACAAUUCACGACGCUAUGAACCAGAUGAUUCGGGAAAUUCCAAUAAAAAAUCAUGUAUAUCUCCUGCUAGGUGCAUCCUUUGGUUCUGCCGCAAAAGGAACUGGGCUCAAGGCUCUUGAAUUUGGGCUCUCUAUAUGUGACUCAGUCGAUAUGUAUGGUUUCACUGUAGAUCCAGGAUAUAAAGAAUGGACUAGAUAUUUCUCAGAAGCUCGACAAGGCCAUACUCCUCUACAUGGUAGGGCAUACUACCAGAUGAUGGAGUGUUUGGGUCUUAUCAAAAUUCAUUCGCCUCUUCGAGCUGAUCCAAACCGUGUUGUCCAAUGGGUACCAGAACGAAAUAUAGUUACUGCUGCUAGAAUUGCAUCAGAGAAAUUGUUGAGGAGAGUUGGAGCAGGGUAUGUAGAUCCACUGCGUACGUGUUCAAUUGUAAAGAAGCAAGUCAAACUAAAGCUUACAUCAUUUCUAAGUCUAAGAAAGGCCGCAAUAGACCAUCAGAAAUAUGUGAAAAGUGCAACCAUGUACCCUCUGGAGCGUAGUCCUCGGCAUGGUAUGCUUUGCACUGUGUGAACCAUUUAAAGUUGAGGUUCCUCGGCCUUCCUUGCACCGAAGCAACUAAACAAAUCUGUCAGCCCAAUUUCUUGGGUCCAAGCGUCAUAACUUAAGCUAAUGUACGUAGAAAAGAGUGGCAGCUCAAAAUUGUUCAGGAAGAAGAUCAACACCCAGCCUACUCAAUGUAGAGUUUUGAAAGAGUUGUAAGCUUCUUGCGGCCCUGCAUUUACAUGAUUUUGAUUUUUCCAUAGCCAAAAAGGAAAACAUUAGGAUGAGAUAUGAAGAUUCAGUCCGUAGCAUCGGUUCACAGAUUGUUUUUCGGAAUUAGCAGUGUCGUAUGUGAGGGUUUUACAAACGAUUCUUUGGACACGAGACAGGUCCGUGAUUUAUAUAAAUUGUGUUGUAUCUGAAAAUUCUUAUCCAAUAGCUUGUAUGAAGGAGGAAAAUGGAAUUAAAAUAGCUUGUGUUAUUUGUCACA